AUGGCCCUAGAACCUCAACGCGCCACAGGAGUAGCCUUGGUUACUGGCGCUGCCUCCGGAAUCGGCCAUGCCAUCGCACGGACUUUCGUCCAAGAGGGAUGCACCAGACUUAUCCUGGUAGACCUCAACAACGAUGGUCUACACACAGUCGCCCAAGAGCUAAAGGAGCUGAACCCUGCUGUUGAGUGCUGUAUUUGUGUAUGCGAUGUCUCCCUUGAGGAUGAUGUGCAGAGAAUGAUCGAGCGAGGCGUGGAGACCUUUGGCGGCAUCCACUACGCCGUCAACAAUGCUGGGAUCACGAGUCCGCAAAGAGUACGGACUAAUGAGCUUGAUCUGGCCUCGUACGAAAAAGUGCAUGCCAUCAACCAGCGAGGUGUGUGGUUAUGCCAGAGAGCAGAGAUCAGGCAGAUGUUGAAGCAGGAGGCGGAUCGAGCAUCGCGAACUGGUGCCGCACCGCAACGAGGCGCAAUUGUCAACCUUGCUUCGAUUUUCGCUCAUGUCUCGCUUGCUUCAGUUGGGGCGUAUUCUGCAACAAAGGCAGCAGUCCUUGGCAUGACCAAGACAGACGCAAUCGCGUUUGCCAAGGACGGCAUUCGCAUAAACGCAGUAAGUCCAGGUACUGUGUUGACACCAUUGCUGGAGAAAUCACUCAAGGCAGGGACAUAUAGUCCAACGAUGGUCAAGGCAAUCCCCAUGGACCGGUUUGGGCGCCCCGAAGAGAUUGCCGAGGGCGUUGUAUUCCUUGCGAGUGAAAAGGCGAGCUUUAUAACCGGCCAGGAACUGAUUAUCGACGGGGGGUCUCUCUCUUACUACGUAACCUGA